CUAUUUCCUGUACAUAUCUCUGACACACACACACCUUUUCUCUACACACUCUCUCACACACUCAUUCUCUCUCUUUCCACACACUUUCUCCAUCUCAUACUCUCUACGUACACACUUCCUGUCUGCUAAAUAACAGUGUCAAGAAUAUCAUCUAUCAUGGUGGGCUACUGUCCCAUCUGUGGGAAACCAGUCUACUUUGGUGAGAAGAAGAGGUCAUUGGGGAGGGACUACCACCCUCUGUGUCUGAAGUGUCAACUGUGUCAGAGACAGUUGACCCCGGGACAACAUGCUGAGCAUGAUGAGAAACCCUACUGCACUAACUGUUACAUGAAGACAUUUGGUCCCAGAGGUAGAUACUGUGAGAAACCCUACUACACUAACUGAUACAUGAAGAUGUUUGGUACCAGAGCAGGUAACAGGAGACUGAUGUCAAACUGUCACAGCUCAGCCUCCUCUUCCUCUUCAUCCUCCUAGGAACCAGUCUAACAAACCAAAAACCAACCAAAAUACAACCUAAUGAGAACUAACAGGCUAUCAACAAGGAUCUAUGUUCAACAAACCUGACAUUCAGCCAUCAAGCCAAUGACCAACCAACUAGACCCAACAUUCAGCCAACCAACGUUUGACCAACCAAGAAAUAACCAAUAGACAACCAAGCUGACAUUGAACAAACUACUUUCCAACCAACAGACAUCAGUCUCACUCUGAAAGAUCCCCUCUAUCAGUCAAUCAUAAAACAACUACCUGCUAUCCAAUCAACAGACAUCAGUGUCACUCUGAAAGAUCCCCUCUAUCAGUCAAUCAUAAAACAACUACCUGCUAUCCAAUCAACAGACAUCAGUGUCACUCUGAAAGAUCCCCUCUAUCAGUCAAUUAUAAAACACCUACCUGCUAUCCAAUCAACAGACAUCAGUGUCACUCUGAAAGAUCCCCUCUAUCAGUCAAUCAUAAAACACCUACCUGCUAUCCAAUCAACAGACAUCAGUGUCACUCUGAAAGAUCCCCUCUAUCAAUGGAGACACCGGUUGUUCUUCAAUAAAACAGAAGCUUCUACAGUC